AUGCAGCAAGAAAUGGAUUACGUUUGGGGUAUACCUAGCCAACAGUUCGAUGUUGGAUCAAGUCAUGAUAACUAUGGAAGCCUGCUCUUCGGCGCCUCUGGAAUCUCAUCUAAGAUGCAAAUACGAGACAUGACUAUGUCGAUAACUUUGGCUGAGUCUAACGCUGCACUGCGGGAAGAAAAGAAGCGAGCAGCCCUGGAGCGUAGACGUAGACUUAUGGACCAAAUGGCCUCAAAACAAAAGGCCUUUGCCAACGCACAUCUGAAGGACUUGGAGUCGGCUGGAAACUCAUCUGGUAGUCAACACGAGCGUUCAUCUUCCCUCAAGCAUAAAAAUCAGUCAUAUGAAUGCGUGAUUUGUCAGAUAGCUGAAGAAAAUCUAGAGAUGGUUCUUCUAGGUGUGAUCGUAGAGUCAGGCUGUAAGUAG